UAAUCAAAAAAAAUUAGAGCAGUCUGGCGUUAGUUUUUAGUGUCACUGAUUUCACUUAAACAUUAAACUAUAAUUUACAUCUUGUGGACAAACACUGUAGUAUCACUUUAACGUUUUUGACUUGACGUCAUUUUCAUAACUGCGCAGCCCGAGGUCAGAAGGAAGUGGGUGUUAGCCGAAUUAGCUGACUGGCGUUAGCAAGAUACAACUUCGAGGACUGCUGUGGCUUCUAUGGAAGAGAUGUCAGGUGAGAGUGUGGUGAGCGCGGCAGUGCCAGCAGCUACAACUCGGACCACGUCCUUUAAGGGCUCAAGUCCCAGCUCUAAAUAUGUGAAGCUUAAUGUGGGGGGUGCCCUGUACUACACUACCAUGCAGACACUAACUAAACAGGACACUAUGCUGAAGGCCAUGUUCAGUGGCAGGAUGGAGGUCCUUACUGAUAGUGAAGGCUGGAUAUUGAUUGAUCGCUGUGGUAAACAUUUUGGCACAAUCUUGAACUACCUUAGAGAUGGGGCUGUGCCGCUUCCAGACAGUCGUCGAGAGACUGAAGAGCUCCUUGCUGAGGCAAAGUACUACCUUGUACAGGGCCUGGCGGAUGAAUGUACAGCUGCAUUACAGAACAAAGAAACUUAUGAACCGCUUUGUAAAGUUCCACUGAUGACCUCUUCUAAAGAAGAACAAAGGCUUAUUGCUACAUCAAAUAAGCCUACUGUCAAACUGCUGUAUAACAGGAGCAACAACAAAUACUCAUAUACCAGCAAUUCAGAUGACAACAUGUUAAAGAAUAUAGAGUUGUUCGACAAGCUGUCUCUGAGGUUCAAUGGUCGGGUACUGUUCAUUAAAGAUGUCAUUGGAGAUGAGAUCUGCUGCUGGUCAUUUUAUGGCCAAGGUCGAAAGAUUGCUGAAGUCUGUUGUACUUCUAUUGUCUAUGCCACAGAAAAGAAGCAAACAAAGGUGGAGUUCCCAGAAGCACGGAUAUAUGAGGAGACCCUUAACAUCCUUCUAUAUGAAUCCCAUGAUGGAAGGGGUCCGGAUAAUGCCCUUCUGGAAGCAACAGGUGGCGCUGCAGGGAGGUCCCAUCAUCUGGAUGAGGAUGAAGAGCGAGAACGUAUUGAAAGAGUUCGGCGAAUUCAUAUUAAACGUCCUGAUGACCGCACACAUCACCAUCAGUGAUCUUGGACCUUUCACCCUGUGUCUUAGAACCUGGACCUUCUUUGCACCAUGCUUGUGCCUUACUAUACCUGACACCCUUCUCCAUCUUUCACUUUUUUCACCAGCUUUUUCUGUCUCUUCUUGAGAUAACUACAAUGGGAGUAUAGGACAACAGUUUGUAUAAGUGUUGCAGUUUUGAUAUUCUGAGUUUGCGGUUGUUUGUCUAUACUCUUUAUUGUUGCGCAAGUCGUCUUUACAUCUUUUUCCAUAAUCAUGCCUGCAAUCAAUUCUACAUGAGACGGGAUUUUUCUUCAGUCUAAAAUGUUUUUGGUUUUUUUUAGUUUGAGGUCAUUAGACUGCAUCAUAUUAAGUAGAGUAAUAUUUAUUUUAUUAUAGCUGACUAUGUUUUUGGUAUACAAAGAGCAAGCGCUUUCUUUUGGCUGGUUGCAAAUGAACAUAUUAAGUGACCUACCUAGUGUUGCCACUUGGUGGCAAUGUGUUCUUAGUUUUCCCAUUGGCUACUUCAAGCCUGUGUAUGACCAAGUUAACCUUCACAUGAAAAUAUAAAUUCAUAAGAUAUCAAUUAGGGACGUGUUUACACAUUUCUUACCACAUUUUUACAUAAUUUGUAUUCAGAAGCUCUUAACCAGUCUUUGUAACAUGAGCUGUGAUGCAGUGAAACGUGUAUAUGAAUGAAUGAUGGUGGCUGACUGUGAAUGAGUGAAACCUGAGGUCUGGAAGAGAAUCCUGUCUUCCCAGGUUGAAACAAAGAAACCAGACCCUUAUUGUCACAUUCAUCCAAAUUAACGGUUUGCACACAAUAUAGUUGAAGUAUGUCUAACACAGUUUGUGUGUGUAUAAAAUGUUUUAUAUUAAAUACUACUUUAUCAUAAAAUAAAUUAGUACAAGGUGGAUUUA